UCGACCUGUCAGCUGUCAAUGUAUACUUGACACAUUAGUGCAAGAUUUUUUGUGGAAAUUUGUGGGUCAACCUUACGUAAAUAAAUGAGAAAUUUACCUAAAAUGCAGUAAAAAUCAACAGCUAUGACUAGCCAAUACAAAAAGUUCACGAAGUUAAUCGCUAAAUGGCCUUUGGAUAUUACGAAAGGUGAAAGAGACCUCGGCAAAGUAAUAAGGGAUAAAGUUAAAUCUGCUUUUGAGUCCACUGAAAAAGGAAAUUUUGACUCUGACAUGUGCAAUCGUCAAUACACAAUCCUCAACAAGCUCGCUGACAAUCACUACAAGAACAAGUACAAGAGGACUAAAAUAAGUUCAGCAACCGGCCUGAACCCUGAAGAAUGUAAUUUGAUUCUCUCCGACGAAGUUUUAGAGUACCUCAAAGAAGAAAACAAAGUGCUUCGACGCCAUUUCUCAGCACAGGCACAGGAGUACCGAGACCACACCCCUGUCAUGUUAAAUGAGUCAAUAAAACAUCUAAAUCCUUUGGACAAUGAGUUGUAUAUUGACAUGACAUUUGGUGCUGGUGGGCAUUCAAGGCGAAUACUAGAAACAGCUGACUGUAAACUUAUAACUUUAGAUAGAGAUCCAGUUGCAUAUGAAAAAUCACAACAAUUAGCAAAUGAGUUCCCAAACAGAGUUACUCCUCUAUUAGGAAGAUUCAGUGAAUUACCUACACUUCUGAAAGAUAAAGGGAUAAAACAAUCCUCUGUAGAUGGAAUCUUAUUUGAUUUUGGUUGUUCUUCAAUGCAGAUGGACACAGGGGAAAGAGGCUUCUCAGUCAGCAAAAAUGGCUAUUUAGAUAUGAGAAUGGAUGCAGGCCGAGAUCCAAAUCAAAUAACAGCCCGGGAAGUGCUAGCCACAGCAAAUGAGCAUGAACUAUACAAGAUAUUUAAAAUCUAUGGUGAAGAGAAGAAAGCUGCUAAAAUAGCACAAACAAUCAUACAAGCUAGAUACAUGUUCAAAAACAUAGAAACAACUCAAGAGUUAGUAGAUGUAGUCAAUUCAGUGUGUCCCGAUGAAGUGAGAUUAGACAAGCUACAGAGACCACAAUCAAAUGCUACCAAAGUAUUUCAGGCCCUCAGGAUCUUUGUGAAUAAUGAGCUCAAUGAAAUGAACUACGGCAUGGUUUUAGCUAAGUAUUACUUGAAAAUCAAUGGCAGAUUAGUGACAAUAUGCUUUCACUCACUGGAAGAUACUAUAGUUAAGAGGCACAUAGCCGGUAACUUGGUUAAUGAGGUGGCCAAUCCUGUUCCCCUGAAGUAUUUGAGUCCAAUGUUGGUGCAGGAUCAGCAAACUAUAGACCACUUCCUGUCGACGCCAUGGAAGCAGCUGGUGAAGCAUGUGGAGGUGCCAACCGAGGAGGAGGUGGACAGGAACCCGAGGAGCCGCAGCGCCCGCCUGCGAGCUGCUCUCAAGAUCAAAUAGAAGAUUAAAUAGGUUUU